AUGCGAGUAAGGGCUCCUGAAGGUGUCUCGACAGCGUAUUUCGAAGCCACGCUUGCUCUGAAGCAAUCGAUCAUCAUAUCCGGUCAUUGGGCCACCAAGUAUGCUAUCCACUUGGUCUUCAUGACCAGCAUAUGCUAUCAGGUGAACGUUUCGUCCUAG